AAGCCAAGCCAUCUCUUACACCGACUCUUUCGCUACUGAAAAUCAAUCUCUCUUAUUCAGUCUCUUGUCUAAACCCAAAAAUUGAAAAAACGAACGAUCAUCCAUACUCCUUUCUUUUCAUCUAUCGAUGAAAGUUCCCCCUUUGUCAUCGCAAUACCACAUAACCUAGCCCCUUCAUUUCUACACUCUUUUUCUUAGCCGUUAAUACUUUGCAUUUCCUUUUUUUUUUUCCUUCUUUUUCUUUAUAUUCACCAUCGUCUUCAUUAUUAUGGGUAAGCGAAAGCGAACUGCUGACAAAACAAAGAACAAGAAUCAUCCUCCUUCUUCCUCGGACAAUGCUCCAUGCUCUUCUGAAAUGCAAGAAUUGUCUAAAGAGAAAUCUUCACAUUUAGUUGACUCUAGCGAACUUAAGCCAUUUACAUCUAGUAUGGAUAUCACAGAUAAUUCAGUGAAGCUAUUAAGCACCCACACUUCUCUUUCAAACCAUCAUUACAAUCUUGGUCGUUCUAUAUUCUUAAAGAGAUCGCGUCAUCACUAUGGUCACCAAUACUCUAGGAGAAACUCAGGUAACCGUGGCAAUGCAUCGAGUUCUCAUGGCAAGGGUCCUACUUCGCAUGAUGAGAGACUGUUAUACAAGUUCUCUAGUCAAUGCAACGCAGAGCCUGGAAAGAAUGCAGAGAAUAAGGAAAAGCCAUUUGGGAGGCCAGAUAGAAUUAGGUCCAGUUCCUUGGUAAAAGAUGCCUCAUCACCAGAUGCGGUGAAGAUGGUAUGUGGGAUCUGUCAGAAGCUUUUGAGACGUAAACCUUAUUUUCUUGGAAUCGGAAACACACUUUCUUCAGGUGAAUACUGUGUUGUUGCUGUUUUAGUUUGCGGUCAUGUGUAUCAUGCAGACUGCCUGGAGAAGAGAACAACACCAGAAGAGGGAUGCGACCCACCCUGCCCACUGUGUACGGGUGUGGCGUUGCAAGUUGAGUCAUCAGGAGCACAGGAAUAGGUUGUACAGAUGUUUACAUUACAUCUAUGAUACUAAUGAAGAGAAAGAGGACAUACAUAUUAUUAGAUGGAUAAUUUAGUUGGAUAUGUAGGCAGUUUAUGUAAUCUAAAACAGACUGUUGUACAGGCUAGGAUUUAGGCUUUGCAUUGUAUUGCAAGACUUGAGAGCCACCGAGAAUGCCGAAACUUAAUAAGAACCUCUUUAAUAGUUUAAAUUUUUCCCUUGGCAUAUUGGAGAAAA